AUGUCAAUCAAGCAUAUCAACGGAGACAACCCGCGGGUCUAUAGUGACGCUGAGGUACAAGGUCUUGAACGGGAUGCCCGCAAGUACUUGGCUGGCAGUGGUCUUCCCUAUUUUGACGAAGUCAUUACGCGUGCCGACGGCUUGUACAUUUACACAGCCAAAAACCACAAGAUUCUCGACUGGACCUCUGGGCAAAUGUCUUGCCUCCUUGGUCACGGGCACCCAGAAGUGGUAUCCGUGAUCAACGAGAGUGCCAAACACCUAGACCACCUAUAUAGUGGGAUGGUUUCUCCCCCCGUGAUCAGCCUCGCUAAACGCCUUGCCUCCGUGCUUCCUCGGCCCCUGUCAAAGUCCCUGUUCCUGUCCACCGGGGGGGAGUCCAACGAGGCAGCCAUUAGGAUGGCAAAAGCCUAUACGGGCAAGUUUGAAAUUGUUGGGCUCGGCGCAUCGUGGCAUGGAGUCACGGCCCAGGCCCAGGGAGCGCAGUACACACACGGCCGCAGAGGUUGCGGGCCGCUUAUGCCUGGUAUGCAUCAACUGCCUACACCAAACGCCUAUCGAUCGGUGUUCCGGAAGCCCGAUGGUAGCCAUGAUUGGGAAACUGAGAUGGACCACGGCUGGCAGAUGAUCGACAUGGCUUCAUGUGGAUCUCUAUGUGCCUGCAUUGUGGAAUGCAUUCAAUCAGCAGGGGGCAUGCAUGUUCUGCCGCCGGGAUAUCUCACCGCGCUGAAGAAACAUUGCGAAGCGCGAGAUAUGCUGCUCAUUGUGGACGAAGCACAGACGGGCAUCGGCCGGGCCGGGGAUCUCUUUGCCUUUCAGCACGAGAACGUGGUUCCAGACAUCCUAACGUUGAGCAAGACGCUCGGGAACGGUGUCCCAGUCAGCGCUGUUGUGACUUCUCCAGAGAUCGAAAGCGUUGCAAACAAGAACGGGUUCUUCUUUGCCACGACGCACCUAAACGAUCCACUGCCCGCGGCUGUAGGUGAUAGAGUUCUUGAAAUUGUGUUGCGUGACGGCUUGGUCGAGAAUUCACGACGCAUGGGACUGUCUUUGCAGGAGGGAUUGAAGAAGCUGCAGGCCCGCUACGGUUGCAUUGGAGACGUGCGCGGUCGCGGCCUGAUGGCGGGAGUAGAGAUUGUUGCUGAUCGGGACACCAAAGCCCUGUCCCCCAAGUUGGCGCAAGAGAUCUCCGACAAAACCUAUGCAUCUGGACUGUGGGCAAAUAUCAGCGGCCAACCUUCGGCAGGUGGGAUCCUGAGAAUCGCGCCUCCAAUUACGACCACCGAGAAAGAGAUUGAAGAGGGUCUUGCUAUUCUCGAGAAGGCGCUGGCAACUACUGCAGGAUCAGCGCCUUUAUAUUAA